AUGUCAGAUCCUCUUGAUGCUGAUGAAGAAGUUCUCCAUGAAAUCAACACCAAUAUUACACUGGAAGACCUCAAAAAAUCUAUGGACUAUAUUCAAGCACUCUGUGCAGCCUCACUUAAUGAUCCAGGUGCUGGCCUAACUGGUGAUAGCCUCAAACAUCUCUGCAAUCCACCUACACACCUGGCUAGCAUUGAUGACAAUGCUCUCGUGACUGUGAUUGAGCUCUAUUUCAAUCUGAGCCAUGCAGACCACAACUACGAGCAGGCUACCAAAUCUGCUGCCAGACACUUGCAGGAAGGCCAGGAAUUUCCCUCAUUUGGUAUUCAUCUGGUUGAGCACCACACAUGCAUCAACAGUUGCAUGGCUUUCACUGGCCCUAACUCCAACCUUGUUGAAUGCGCUAUCUGCAGUGAGCCAUGUUAUGAUCCCAUCAAGUUCGCAAACAGCCAAGGCAAAGAGAAAGUUCCUCACUUGGUUACAACAUCAUUUCCACUUGGGCCACACUUCAUGAGCACUGGUGCCAAACAAUUCUAUAGUGACUUCCUUGACGGUGAAGCCUAUCAUGAGGCUGUACAUGAUGGAAGGAUUGGAAAUGAUGAUAUUGUAGUCAUGAUGUCCAUUGAUGGCGCUCAACUGUACCAGAGCAAGCAGUCGGACUGGAUUAUCCCUGGUCCCAAUAAGCCAAAAAAUGUUGACUCUUUCCUGUUUCCUGGUUUCCACCAUCCUGCCACAAUCCAGAAGGAAGGACUUCACCAAUCCUAUCACUCCUAUCUGUUUCUUGCCUUGGGUACUGCUGAUGGACCUGGGCUUGUCUAUCUCAAUGGUCUUGUGGGCCAUCAUGGCAAGCAUGGGUGCCAUCUUUUCUGCUCCUGUGGUACCCAUUAUUAUCCAGCACUAUUGAAACCAGACAACUUCAUACAAGCUGGCUCUGAUCAUGCUGAUCAAUGUGUGGAGGACCUAACACUAUGUUCGCAUGAAGACUAUAUCCAAAAACUUAACAUUGUCUUGGGAUCUAACCGUCUUGCAACUGGCAUCUCCAAACCAAGUAUAUUCUUGGGCUUUUCACCACAGCACACACUCAGUGUUCCAUUUUGCUUCAGAUCAGACAUAAUGCACCUCAUGUCCCUUAAUAUUCCAGAUCUCCUUAUUCCUCUCUGGCACAGGAACAUUUGA